AUGGAGAUCGAGUAUAGACUUAUCAAUCUUUAUAAGACUAAACAAUAUGACGCUUGCCUUAAACUUUAUGAAAGCGCACUUCACGAUAAGAAUGUGACUAGUAAUAAUAAAUUGAUGGAAUUCAUUCGUAUGCGGAUAAUGACAAUACAGACUAAAUUAGCUGGCAAUGGAUAUGAAGAGGUAGAAUAUUAUAAUCCACAAUCAAAUGAACUAAGUGAUACUGGUGUAGCUAAAACACCAAGGCCAGGAACAUCUUUUCAAAGAGAAAUUAAAACUGCGUUAAAUGAAAAGAUACCAACUACAGCAACACUGAGAACAGCAUCCUACACAGCGUCAAGGGCGCGCACUUCUAGCUCAGUUCUAUCAACAGCUGCUCGUUUCUCUAGGGCAGCUACGGCACUUGCCGACGGAUCAAGUUUCAAUCAUAACGUACCAGUCUCGUUGAGAUUUCUGUCCAAAGAUGAUAAAAGCUUUGUACCAGCCGCUAAAACAUUAUUUGAAUAUGUUUAUUACUGUGAAUGUAAUGUUCGAAAGGCAAUGGAAAUCAUUUUUCAAAUUAAGAAGAUGGAUGACAAAUCUGACUGGUGGUGGAACUAUUCAUUAGCCCGAUGCUACUCUGCUCUUGGUUUGCAGAGAAACACAGAGGAAUGCCUACGCCAAGCGUUGAAACAGAACAAACAUAUAGCUAUUUAUUUACGACUUAUUGCCAUGUAUGUUGGGUUAAAUCAACCCCUGUCGGCAUUAGAUGUUUGUAAGCAAGGAGACUAUUGGCUAUACAUCCACCCGGCUCUGAGAUUUACAACAACUUGGGAUUAUGUUGUCUGUAUUGCAGCCAGUGGGAUCUUAUCGUGCCUUGCUUCAAUCAAGCUUUACUCUACUCGACAAAUUCAGAAACUCGUUCGAACAUAUGGUUCAAUAUUGCUCACGUAGCCUUGGCGGUCGGUGACUUAACUCUGGCAAGAAGAUGUCUGCAAGCUAGUUUGGCUAUUUCCGAGCAUGGACCCGCCCAACGUGCAUUAUUUGCUUUGGAUUUACGUUUACGAAGAUUGUAAAUAAUAAGAAUAAACUGAAUAGAA